UGCCCACCAUGCAGCCCCAGUCGGUUCUGCACAGUGGCUACUUCCACCCGCUGCUUCGCACCUGGCAGGCAGCCGCCUCUCCCCUCAGCGCUUCCAACCUCAUCUAUCCCGUCUUUGUCACGGACGUUCCCGAUGACGUACAGCCCAUCAACAGCCUCCCAGGAGUGGCCAGGUAUGGCGUGAACCGGCUGGAAGAGAUGCUGAAGCCCCUGGUGGAAGAGGGCCUGCGCUGUGUCCUGAUCUUUGGAGUCCCCAGCAGAGUCCCCAAGGAUGAGCGGGGUUCUGCAGCCGACUCCGAGGACUCCCCAGCUGUCGAGGCCAUCCGCCUGUUGCGCAAGACCUUCCCCACCCUCCUGGUGGCCUGCGACGUCUGCUUGUGCCCCUACACCUCUCAUGGUCACUGUGGGCUCCUGAGCAAGAAUGGGGCGUUCCAGGCUGAGGAGAGCCGCCGGCGCCUGGCAGAAGUGGCACUGGCCUAUGCCAAGGCAGGAUGUCAGGUGGUAGCCCCAUCGGACAUGAUGGACGGACGCGUGGAAGCCAUCAAGGAGGCUCUCAUGGCCCAUGGACUUGGCAACAGGGUAUCAGUGAUGAGCUAUAGUGCCAAAUUUGCAUCCUGUUUCUACGGACCUUUCCGGGAUGCGGCUCAGUCCAGCCCGGCCUUUGGAGACCGCCGCUGCUACCAGCUGCCGCCGGGAGCCCGAGGCCUGGCCCUGCGAGCAGUGGCCCGGGACGUACGGGAAGGAGCCGACGUGCUCAUGGUGAAGCCGGGCAUGCCCUACCUAGACAUCGUGCGGGAGGUGAAGGACAAGCACCCUGAGCUCCCACUUGCUGUGUACCACGUUUCUGGAGAGUUCGCCAUGCUGUGGCACGGAGCCCGGGCCGGGGCGUUUGAUCUCAAGGCUGCCGUCCUGGAGGCCAUGACUGCCUUCCGCCGCGCAGGUGCCGACAUCAUCAUCACCUACUACACGCCUCAGCUGUUGCAGUGGCUGAAGGAGGAGUGAUGGCGAACAUGUACAAGACCAAUAGCUAGAACUUUUAAAAGGUCCUGGGGCCUUGGAGAAGUGAAAACCAAAGUAAAUGCUGCUUUAGAACUGUGCCCUUAUGCCCUCUUCCUGCUCACGUGCUGGCAGGCGCCCAGCAGCCCUGGGUGCUUUCUGCCAGCCUGCCCUCCUCCCACCACUCAAGCCUCCCAGGCUCCCCCGGGCUUCCCCAUGCCCCCCCGGCUCAGCUCCUUCUGGUGUGGCCUC